UUGGACCACCACCGUUGACUGCCGUCUUCGUCUUCGACCUACAAAAGCUUUCUUUCCUCCUAUUCCUUCGCUUACCACCCACGAUAUCUCUGUCUUUUCCUCUCUGUCCUUGCUAAUUCUUUCUCAAUCUUUUCCCUGACGUGCAAGAGAAUUCUGCAAUCAUGCCCGUAACAUCCACCGGAGACUCUGAACGCGAUAGAGAGAGGUCAAAGGACGGGGACAGAGAUGAAAAGGGAGAAAGGGGUCUAUCCAAGUCGCAGCAGAAAUUAUCCUCUUCCAAGACUAAGGAUCUCUCCCACGUACCAUGCAAGUUUUUCAAAGUUGGCUCAUGUACCGCCGGAUCAUCAUGCCCUUUUUCCCAUACUGUACUCGAACCAGGAGCUCAGAAGGACGUUUGUGCCUGGUUCGUCAAGGGUAAUUGUAAGUUUGGGCACAAGUGUGCAUUAGCGCAUGUAUUACCGGGCCAGUCGAUGUCGAUGGAUCGUAAGAACAAAAAGGCAGCCCAAGUUGCUACGGGUGGAGGAAAGAGUGACUCCAAAAGUUCUGGUCGGCCGGGGAAGCGGGAUGCACAGGUAGGUCGCCCUCCCGCUUUGAUGUCACUCAAAGCCAGCAUAUCGCCCUCGGCUCCCGCACCCGCCAUCAAAAAUACCGACUUUGCCUCCUUCGGUGUUCUUGAUGAAACUUCCAAACUUCCCAGUGCUCCUGCUCAUGGAAAGCAACCUGUUCAAGGCAGCACGGAUGCCGAACCGUCAUCUAACAAGUCGUCCACCUCUUCUAGCGAGGCUGUCGAGAUAAAGGAGCCUUCAUCAACCCCUGCGCAACCUGUCUCUCCUUCUCUACCCGUGUCCUCUCCUCGUCGCUCCGACCGUGAACAUUCGCCAGCUUCCAGGGCGCCAAUAGAUUUUGGACCUAUUGGCUCACCCCCACGCUCCUCGAACGCUACUUCCCAUCCCCAUCCAGUAUCACGCCUCAAUGGCUCAACCAACCAUGGUGCUUCCUUUUCUCCUGGAACAUCGCCUUCAGCAAGGAACAAUAACGGCACCCCGACCAAUACUUUUUUGUCUACAUCUCCAUUUUCUGCACCCGGCUCGCAAACUGUGUUCAACUUCUCGGAGAGGUCGGGCAUGGGCAUAGCCACGUCGUUGGGAUCUGGGUACGCCAUGAGUGGAGGGACUGGGACUGCUCAUGGGAAACCAACAUGGGGAAGCCAGGUUGAGAACGAGGACAAUCUCGUUACCCGCCGUGCUCAAGCCUUGGAGAUGGCCAGUUCGGGCAACCGUGAAGAGGGAGGAGACGACUUUGAGGACUUCUUACCAAGUUCGUUGACUGACCUUCUGACACCUGAAGAGAGGAGCCGACGGAUGUUGAGGACCAACUCGGGGCAAGGUGCUGCUGCUCAAGGAGAUUCAACGCAUCCCAUCGUUUCUCCGUCCGGCCGGACUUUAGGUGUACCCCUUGCGACGCCCUCAGGUCCCGGUAAUGGUCAUCGAUACUCUCGGUCCGUACCUGCACCUUCACUUCUGGGAGACAUCGGCUCUAUCUGGUCCACUAAUCAAGGAGCGGCUAACGGCGGUCUCACACCCAAUGCCGGCACUCCACUAAGUGGUGGUCUUCCUUCUUCACCUGGACGCUUGGGUGGGCUCGGUAACGGAACGCCAGGAUCAUUCACUCAAGGCAACUCUGGGUUUGGAGGAAGGGCAACUUUCGACCCUCUGGGUGAAGAAUUUGCUGGAAGCCCAUCCAACUUCCUGGCUCCAUCCAACGCCAGUGCAGCAUUCUUGCCAGGCAUACAUGCUCAGUAUCUGAAGUCCAAGCAAGGUCAAACCUUGGAUAAUGGCAUAGGGGGCGUAAUAAGGAACACUGGCAGUCCACUAUACCCAAGCACAGGGAAGGGGACACUGCAAAGUUCCUUGGCUGCAGCCACGUCUCGGCUGACCGGUGGACCUGGCUAUGGAACGCCUACCGGAACGGGUUCCUUUGCCGAUCUCGGUCAAAACGGAGAAUUUCUACAACGACCGACUCUUUUCUCAUCCAACACCGCAAACAAUAAUUCUAUGCGGCCUAUACCCUCUUCUCAUCUCUCUUCGAAUAAUGACGAUCCACAAUUUGCGUUGUCGCCAGCUACACGAGCUCUCCAAUCACACGCGCCGGGACAGAGUCUUCCUCAGGGAUUGGCGGCUGGUUACUCAAGGAUACAUGCACUCCCACCUCCACUUCCGCUGUCAUCUCCUGGGUCAGGCGGGAUUGGCGCGGGUGGUUUCAGCGUUAGUCCAGGACUGAGCGCAACCUUUAACGCGGGUCCGUAUGGGUCUAACAAUGGCCCCAACAAUAGACCAAACGAAUGGGGAGGAAGUGUUGGGGGAGGCUUUAGUAGGCUUUACUCCGGUAUUAGCCAGUCUAAUUCAGGCUUGAACUUAGGAGGUCCUCCAGGUCUGGCUCUUCCCUCCCACUACAUGGGAAUCAACGUUAAUAAUACCGGCGACAGCGCUCACACCGGAGCUGUUGGCGCUGGCGAACCCGAUCCGAUGUCGUCGAAGUUAUCGUACUCCGCCGCGGCUGCAAAAGGUGCUCCUGCAGGCGGUGUCGUCUCUCCUCACAAGUCUCAAUGGGAUGGACAACAGCAAGGUGCUACAGGUGCUUCGAGCCCAUUAAACAAACCCGUCACUGGUGACGACGACGAUCUGUUCAUUUUGGAUGCCUAGACGGAGGGAGUGAAUCGUUGUAAAAAGAAUUGAAACAAAAAACAAAGGCACUGUAUUCUUGUCGACGGACGAUUCUAUAUGCCUCCUGUCUGAUUCCUGAUAUUUGUUCAUAGUAAUGCCGACACCUACGAUGUGUUAUGUCUUUUCCCAUAAUCUUAUCUCACGUUUUUGCUCCUUACACAUUUUGCUCGCCGUUCGUUCCUUCGCAUUCAUGACAUUUAAUUAAAAUAUUGACUUGCUCUACAUCUGUUGUUUGUCUCAUGUUGUGUACAUUGAUUCUUACCGGUCUAUAGGUCGCACCCACCGACUAGACAUAGUGAUAGACACGCAUGUUUUCUCCGCUCCG